AUGCCUUCCACAUCAAUCUACCAGUCUGUUAUUUAUCCCGGCAACCACGAAAAAUUGGACAAGCCGACGGAUACACAGAAUUUCAUCGACAACAAACUUGUCUCUUCAAAGACCUCCUCAUGGAUCGAAGUUCAUGACCCAGCGACGAACAAUGUCAUCACGCGUGUUCCUGAGAGUACCAACGAUGAACUCCAAGAAGCAGUGCGAUCAGCCAAGGCUGCUUUCCCAGGGUGGAAAAGGACCAGCAUUAUCAAGCGUCAGCAAAUAAUGUUUAAGCUGACUCAUUUGAUCCGGGAGCAUAUGGAUAACCUUGCUACGAGCAUUGUCACUGAGCAAGGAAAGACUUUUGCUGAUGCCAAAGGGGAUGUUCUCCGCGGACUGCAAGUUUGCGAGACUGCGUGUGGAAUCACUACUCAACUCACCGGAGAAGUCCUUGAGGUUGCUAAGGACAUGGAAACACGCUCCUACCGAAACCCAUUGGGUGUAGUUGCUGCCAUCUGCCCCUUCAACUUUCCAGCUAUGAUCCCAUUGUGGUCUCUUCCUGUAGCGACUGUCACUGGAAACUGUAUAAUUGUCAAGCCAUCGGAACGUGAUCCGGGUGCGGCCAUGAUGAUUGCUGAGCUCUGCAGAGAAGCCGGCUUUCCACCAGGUGUCGUCAAUGUCGUCCAUGGAUCCAAAGAUACGGUCAACUUCCUGCUAGACGAGCCCGAGAUUCAAGCUAUUUCGUUUGUUGGCUCUAACAAGGCUGGAGAGUAUAUCUACCAACGAGGAUCAGCAAACGGAAAACGCGUGCAAGCAAACCUUGGAGCAAAGAACCAUGCACUUCUAAGCCCUGACGCCCAUAAAGAUCACGCCCUUGAUUCAAUCGCUGGAGCCGCUUUUGGUGCUGCUGGACAACGGUGCAUGGCGUUGAGUGUUUUGGUCACUCUUGGAGACGCGAAACAAUGGUUGCCUGAUCUUGUUGCAAAGGCAAAGAAUCAUAUUGCUGGAAGCGGUUUUGACUCAAAGUCGGAUUUUGGACCUUUGAUCACUCCCCAGAGUCGAGAUCGUUGCAAUGCCCUCAUCACAAGCGCCGAGAAGGAGGGUGCUAAGAUUCUUCUUGAUGGUCGAGGAUAUAAGCCUGAGGGUUUCCCUGACGGUAACUGGGUCGGUCCUACAGUCAUCUCCGGCGUCCGCCCCGACAUGGAAUGCUACAAGGAAGAAAUCUUCGGCCCCGUCCUCCUGUGCAUGGAAGAAGAAACCCUCAAAGACGGCAUCGAUCUCAUCAACUCCAACGCCUGGGGUAAUGGAGCCGUCAUCUUCACAAACUCGGGAGCCAAGGCUUCUCUCUUCCAACAAGAAAUUGACGCUGGUCAAGUUGGCAUCAACGUACCGAUUCCCGUUCCUCUGCCGAUGUUUUCUUUCACAGGAAACAAGCGUAGUGUAGCUGGAACUGGUCUUGCCAACUUUUAUGGAAAGGAUGGUUUGAGGUUUUAUACGCAGUGGAAGACUGUGACUUCGCUUUGGAGGGCGGAUGAGGCGAGCACGGGAGAGAAGUUGACGAGCAUGCCUACCAACUCUUAG